UUUCCCCAAAUAGCAGAAUCGAACACGAUGAGCGGCCAAUUCUCCAUUGACGACGACGACGAGAACGAGCUGCUCGGGACGCCAGCGCCGGCUUUGGCACCAUCGACCACUCUGUCCGCCGCUGCAACGACCGCUGCCAGUGCUCGUGCUGCUUCUAACGCUGCUGCUGCUGCUGCUGCUGCGAUCGCCAGUGGAACGGAGAUGAGCGCCGAGGAAGAAGAGGCGUUGCUGCUGGGCGAAUCCGCGCCUUCGUCCAAGCCAUCCACUCCUGCUGCUGCUGCUGCUGCUGCUCCUGCUGCUACGACGACGACCAACGCUGUGGCAGUGCACGACGGAGAGGCAGACGUCGAGGCAGUCGACGAGGAAGCGCCCGCUGAAACGCCAGAGCAGCGCGCAGCCUGGUAAAGCAACAAAGCCAAUCCUAUUCGACUUCGACUUACUCGAAGAAGCUCAGUGCCUCCACUGUACCGAGUCCGACUAUUCGAUGAAAUACGCAUCGAGAUGUUCAUGAUGAAGCCAUUCACCGACAAAAAAACAAUCACUGCAACGCGAGCCUUACGUUGACGUUUUGGUUUCUGAUAUUUUGACGUGCGAUUUCCUUCCUACUUUGGAUUUUUGUUGUACAGGGUC